UAACCGGGAGGGUCUCCGCGCCCGGGGACGUGCUGGGGUUGGGGCACCGGGCCCAGGUAUCCGUCUCCGGCCCCCAGCAGGUGGGGAGGCCAGAACUCUGGCACCCAGACGGGGUCGUGGCUGGCUGGGCGGAUGGAGUCGAGGUGGGGCCCCUCUCGGGGCGCCGGGUCUGGGUGCAGUGAGGCCGGGAGGCAGGGGCGUGCGGCUGCAGAGCUCAGCGUCCACCAGGCGGGGCGGGUGCCGUGCGCACGGACGUGACUCGGGUAGAACAGACCCUGGCCAGGAGCCCGCGGCCGUGCGUGCGCGGUUUGUUUACGUCUCGGGGCGCGCGGGCGUGUUUUUCUGGCCCGGGUCCUGGUAUCCUGCCCAGGGCGGGUACGCGGUGUACAGCGUGCGUGCUUGCCGUGUGUAUGUGUACACGCGCGUGCAUGUGUGUGUGCCGCGUGUGUGUGUACUGUGUGUACGAGUGUGUAUACCGUGUGUACUGUGUGUGCGUGCGUGCGUGUACGUGUGUGCUGUGUGUGUGCGCUUGUGUACCGUUUGUGUACCGUGUGUCUCUGUGCGUGUGUACACGCACAAGCUCCCUGGCCGGUGAAGAGUCUGGGACCUGUGUCCUAGCGUGUGUACCUCGGAGAGCGUGUGCCCUGGGAGUAAAUUCGGAAUGAGGACCCCGGCGAAGAAAGCGGCGCCGCCUGUGGCCACACCGGGUCUGGGAAUCCUUGCCUGGGCCGCCCCUUUCCCACCAGCCAGUGGCGGCCGGGCCCCCUGCUCUCCCCGGAGUUUCCCUGCGCUACUGUUACCACCGUGUGACCGCGCGUUUGUCCCCCGCCCAGAGCUGAAGCCUGCCGCCACUGGGUGGGGCGAGGUAUCAAAGACACCGCCCGGCUCAAGUGGCGGCGGAGUGAGUGGUACCACACCUCGCCCCAGCACCCUGGUGGAUCUGGCAACGAAGUGGGCUAGAGACCUGAUCCUUGUCCCCAGGUUUCCAGGCUCCCUGGGGAGGGCGCUGCCUUGGGGCUCCCGUGGCCCCCUAGGUCUGCCCAGCCCAUAGUCUCAGGAGAAACAGGAAGGGCCAGAAAACUCUCAGUAAAGAAGGUCUUUGGAGGCUUCUUGCCAUGACUCCUCUGGGUGGUUCCUCUGGGGUCCGGAGGCUGUACCUGCAGGGCUGGGGGCUGAGUGAGACCAGAGGAGGUGGUGGAGCUGGUUCCCGCUCUCCUGGUGGUUCCAGUUCACAGGUGGUACUAGUCAGACAGAUUGACAGCUGGACCCCAGGAACUAGUUGACAGACCUGUGCCAGCCACCAACACGGAGUCCCCACCCUGGGCCAGGGAGAGUCAACAGGCUUGGUGCAUAUAAAAGGUUAAUGUGUGAGGGUGGGGCCGCAGACCUAGCCCUCUCCCCCCACUGUUGUUAGCUGCCCUCCCUUGAGUGGGUGCAGAGUAGAACUGCUCCAUAGAGCUUUCAAGGCUGUGACUUUUCUGAAGCAGAUCACCUGGCCUGUCUUCCUAGGUGCCUCUCUCUGGCUGAGUUCAAAGUGCCAUCCUAUAGGGUGGCUAUGAGUUGGAAUGGACUCCACGACAGCAGGGUUUAGGCUACUAGUCAAGGCCUUAACUGUUCGAGCCACUCAAGGAUUUCUCCCCGCCCCCACCCCACCCAUCGGUCCUGCUGAAAGCUCCUGUUUAGCCCAGUGGCCUGAGGGAAGGGGGGGGGAGGGCGGGGAAUGCUAGGGACUCCUUGGCCCUAUUCUGCCCUCCCUGUCCCUCGCACAGACAGGGCUACAGAAUCAUGGAAGAUCUUUCGUCUUUCAAUCUUUGAGCCCUGAUGAGCUCUGCUACCAUAGCUGGGAGCCUCAGUGUCCCCGUCUGCAGCAGCAGGCACAUCCAGACUGGCAAGCUGUGGGUAGGGUGAGGAAUGUUUGGGCGGCCUCUACACACAGCCUGUUUUCCAGGGGAAUUGUGGCAGAGAAAGAAGGCCGGGAGCCGGGGGUGUCCAGGAAUAUGUGGGGUCUGAGUACAAAGUGGAGGCUGUGGCCAGGAGCAUAGGAACCAAGCAGGCUACCCUCAAAACUGGGUAGGAACCCUCCCCUCAGAGGGCCGGGGGUCAGGGAGGAGGGAAAGUGGCCGUUUGGCGCAGUCAUAGAUGGAAAGUUUGCACUGAAAGUUUAACCUCCUGUUAAAUCACUCCUGGGCCUCCACUAGGGGUUUGGACUCAGCAUGGGCUCCCUCAGCCCCAGUGCCUGCAUAGUCACGGGCCAGGUGCUGAGGGCAAGAUGGUGAAUAAAUGAGACCCGGAGCCUACCCUCUGGGAGCUUACAGUUAAGUAGGGGAAAGAAACAAAGAGCUGGGAUGCUGGGCAUGAGGGGGCAGGCAUUGGGUUUUGAAAGUAUAUAACAGGACCUCUGACUUACCAGAGCCCUGGUGGCACAGUGAUUAAGAGCUUGGCUGCUAACCAAAAGGUCAGCAGUUCAAACCCACCAGCCACUCCUGGAAACCCUGUGGGGCAGUUCUACUCUGUCCUAGAGGCAACAGGUUUGGUUUCUGGUCUUUUACUUAACCAGGGCAAUCAAGGAAGUCUUCCUUGAGGAGGUGACUAGUGAGCUGAGUUCUCCACUUGAGUGAUGAUAGUCUGUGGGGCCCUGGAGGGCAGAGACUGUGUCUCAUCUUUGGGCCUUUCAGGACCCAGUCUGGCACACAGUAGGUGUUUCAUGGAUGUAUGCUGAAUGAAUGAAUGAAUGAAUGAGCACUGGACCCAUGUCUGGGAAGGCUGUGGACACAUGGAGAAAAAAGCCUGGGAGCCCCAGGGAAGCUGGAAGCCUGGGCAGGAGCUGUAGGAUUCUUGGAGCAGCCCCCCUAAAGCAAGCAGAUCCUUCAGGGCUCAGGGGACACCCUCCCUCACACACACGCACACACACACACACACACACACCUUGGCUGCUCGUUUGGAGAACAUGCAGGGACAGUAGAAUUGACUGGCCAUUCAUUCAUUUGUUGCUAGCCUGCGGAUUCUGGAAGGCAGAAGAGAGAGAAUGUGGUGGAGGCCUGAGGUCCCCACUGUGUGGACUGUGAGGGUUGGGAGGACAGGCAAGACUGGGGGCCUGAGACCAGAGAGGAAGGUGGUCAUAGUUCUGCUGAAAGAGGAAGAAAUCUCUGGCCACCCAGGUGGAGAAGAAGAGAGUCAAGGCUCAUGGUCUCUGAAUUUGUUUUCAAGCCCCUGCCUCCAGGAAGCCUUCACUGAUUUCCUCUACCUUCCUCAAAGGCCUCCACUGUACUGGUGGCCUUGGAGCUUCAUUUGGGGCUCAAAUCUGACACUCUAAACUCUAAACUCUGAGAUUGUUGGUGCUGGAAGUCACCUUAGGCUCAGUGGAGUUUUGGCAUGUUAGGAAACUGAGGCCCAGAGAGAGACAGUGAUGUGCCUGAAGUCACAGCGUGAGCGUGAGUGGGUGGCAGCAUAGGGCUGGAACCCCAGCCCCUGCUUCCCUGUGGUGCUGGGUUCUUCCAGCCUUUUUUCCCUCCCAGGAGGGAGGAGGCUGUACCCGUGCUGGCUGCCAAGGCCCAGGAAAACACAUUUUUUCCCUCUGUCCUCACAGAGCAAGCAAAAUGGCUUGGCAGCCAGAGAGGAGCCGGUGCCAAUGGGUGGGCCGCCUGCAGGAUGACUCUGGAGUGGAUUGGGGGGAGAGUGCAGAGGGGUGUAGUAGGAAGGCUGCUGACUGGGCAAGGCAGCUGUCAAUCUCCCCAAGAGUAAGCUCCCUCUCAAAGCCUCCAAAAGAAUGCUAGGAACCUGCAGACCCAGGACGUCAGCUCUGCUGGCCUGUACGUGAAGAGGAGAGGCUGACAUUGAAGGAAGAACCCUGAGCUGGGGACAAUCCCUGGGUUCCAGCCCACAGCUGCCACCAAACAGCUGUUUGUUGCCUUAUUUGCAGAACAAGGGGAUUGGAACAAUUGUUGGCACCGGCCCUUACAGACCCUGCCAGGCCCAGGGUCAGCAGACUGGCAGAGGCAGCCUGGCGGAGAACGCAGGCCCCUGGGCUGGGGUUGGAAGCUGAAAGCCUGAGGCUGUCGAAAACUUCCCCCUUCUUAGGACUUUCCCUCUGUGACUGCUUGACUCUGCUGAGCCAGGACAUUCCUGGGCAAACAUGGGUGCCUCAGCUGACAUCCAGGAUGCAGUCAGGGGGCUGAGGCUAAAGCAGGAGGGGGCAGAGGAAAGGAGGGAAGAAAAGGUUCAAAACCUCCCUAAGGCCGGAAAGUACUUAGAAUCACAGCCAGCUGAGUGGAUGGGACCUUUCAGCCAUUAUCUAGAAUAGGGGAUGGAUGGUCUACUCUGGAAGGCUGUGUUGGGAAGGAUCCUGAGGCUGUGUCCAAGCUCAAGGGAAAACAGGGUUGUGUUGGGAAGGAUUCUGUCUAGCUAACCUCAGUGGGAAAAAGCGCUGUGACUGAUUAGUGAUGUCUGUCUGUAUUAGGAGUGGAGGGAGAGCUAAUAGGGAGGUGAGCUAACCAUUUGCCGCUCCUGGUCUGAUUUAUGGAGCCCUGGUGGCGCAGUGGUUAAGAGCUCUGCUGCUAACCAAAAGGUUGGCAGUUUGAAUCCACCAGACACUCCUUGGAAGCCCUAUGGGGCAGUUCUACUCUGUCCUAUAGGGUCACUAUGAGUCAGAAUCGACUCGAUGGCAAAGGGUUUGGGUUUUUUUUGUUUGGUCUGAUUUAAGCCUCUUGUGUUUUAUGCACAAAUAGCUCUCGUGUGCACCGCACUUUUCUGCCUUCAAAGCACAUUCAUAUAUCUUAUCUAAUCUGUACGGAGACAAGUAUUACUAUGAGCAUCUCCCUUUACAAGUGAGGAAACCAAGGCCCAGAGGGACAAACGACUUAUCCAAGGGGUCAGGCCACACCUCCGAGGUUUUGGACCAGCCACAGCAUCCAGUACUCAACAGGCUGUCAUUACCUACCUAGGGAGAGGCUUCCCCUCCUCCACCAGAUCUCUCUGGCUUCCUGGGCAUCACCUAUCACUCCAGCUCCUGCUCCCCAAGCAGCUGGCCAAGAGGGGCUUGGAUAUUUGCAUGUUGUUUGCAUAUUCCUAGCAAGCUCAACACCAAUCUUAGCAUAGCAGAGCUGGAGCGGCCUUGGAGAACAGCAAAUCCAGCCUCCUCUUCACAAGGGUAGGGAAAUGGGGCCGAGAGAGGGUGCCCUGCCAGGACUACCAUGGGAGGAGGCAUGUGAGUCAGUGCAGCCUCAGGCCUGCUGGCUGUGUGACCCUGGGCUACUCUUGAGUUCUCUGAGUGGUGCCUCACAGAGUCUAUGGAGGCCCAAGGAGAUAAGCUCUAGACACAGUCCUGGAGUCUUUCCAGGUGUUCAGAGUUCCUCCUUCUUUGGGGGAAGGCAGUCACUCCCCCACUGUCUGACUUCAGGCCAGAGCUGCUCCUCUCUGGGUCUCCACCUCCCCUUGGGUACCAUGAGGAGGUGGCCAGGUGAUCUCAAAGGUCCUUUCCUGCUGUUCCCCAGGUGACCUUGGCUGGCCAGGAGAUGGUGAAUCAGAGUGAGGCCCCAGUGCUGGCUGCAGGCCUGGGUGCUUCUCUCCUCUGGAUGGACUCUGCAAUUCUAAUAUCCCCCCACCCCCAUGCCCAUUGUCUUCCACAGUUUAAGCCAUUUCCACCUAUAUUAUCUCUUUGGAUUCCUCUCACCCAAACCCUGUGAGGUAGGGAUUGUUCCCAUCCUACAAAUGGGAAAGUAGAGGCCCAGGGAGGUGGAGUAGCUUUCCCAAGGUCACACAGCCUAGAGAAAACAGAGAUGGGACUCAAACCCAGGCUCUGAAUCCAGUGCUCCUUUCCUGUUUCCCACACCCAACCAGGGGGUCAAGCGUCAUGUGGAAGGAACUUUCUAGUCUCUUGUCUCCUUGCAUCUGCGUACUACUCCGGCCAAGCCGGAAACACAGAGGGCAGACAGAAAGGAGGCGGAAUUGGAGAUGAGGGCCAGCAGGUGUUUCUCUUAGACGCAUUCAACUAGGCUUGGGCUUGAAACGCAGUUCGGUCACUGACAAGCUGGGUGACAGUGUCAGAGACGCCACCACCCCCGUCUGGUGGGGAGAAGGAAACAGAGCAUUACAACACGGGGAAAAGUGCGGGGUGGGAGGUGUCUCACAAGUCCUGGGGUCAGGGAGGGCUUCCUGGGGGGGCAGAAGGAGGAGUAGGAGUCUGCCAGGCAAGGAAGGAAGAGGGGGUGCUCAGAGGCAAGAAAACAUGGGAUGUGAGCAACUAGAACUGAAAGAAGUUCUUGGUGACUGGCGUGCAGAAUGGAAGCAGGAGUGGCUGGAGGUGAGCCUGGGGCUGGACACCAGGCUGGGUGCCACGUGGCUGGGGCUAGAACCCAGGACAGUGGGGAGCCAUGGAAGGUGUUAAUUUGGGGGGGCGGGGCAGUGGAGUGGACAGGGGUUGGAAAUUCUAAAUUGAAUGAGAACAUAAGAUUUGAGGAGAGACUUGAAGGCAGUGAGGUCGCAAACAUUAUCUGGAUAUCUGGGGGAAGAGAGUGCCUGGCACAGGGAACAGCCAAUGCCAAGGCCCUGAGGAGGCGCAUGCUUGGUGUGCUGGAGGACCAGGAAGGAGGCCGGUGUGGCUAGAGCAAACUGAGCAAGGGGGAGCAUAACAGGAGAUGAAGCCAGAGAGGCACAUGUUGGGAAGGGGAUCAUGCGGCAUCUUAUGGGCCAUUGUGAUGACUUCGGCUUUGACUCCAAGUGAGAUGGGAGCCACGGGGCUGUUCUAAGAGUGACAUGAUCUCAUUUAACACCCAUUCAUCCCAUGUCACCCACGGGGAGACUGAGGCAUGGAGAGGCUAACUGCUCUGCCAAAGUCCCACAGCUAAUGAGUGAGAUGACCUCCAAAAGGCCCCCGCAGUAUCUGGGGCAAAGUUCACUCACGUUCUAUUUCAUCAGUGUCCCCUGGAGACACAGCGGGGCCUGCUGAGUCUGUCAGAGGCAGAGUUGAGGCUGUGAGGUUGGCCCCACAGAUAGCUUGAACAGCCAGGGCCGGAACUCAGGCUUGUGCCCCUGCUCUGUGUCACGCUGGCUGUUGCUAAGAAUAAUUUAUGGAUUCACCAUCCCACUUCAGGACCCCUCUUCCUCCCCUGUUCUCCUUUGUACCUUAUCACAGUCCCCUCCCCAUGGGGUUAUCAGAUGAGGAAACUCAGGCUAACACUGAAUGGGGGAGAAGAUCAGAUCAACUGAGGGCGGAGAGGAUCACUGCUUUCAAGGGGACUUUGGGAGUCGGUCCCCUACCCCAACCCAGAGGAACAACUCUUGAAAUGUACCUUCUAAGAGAUUUUAUUAACGGCUGUCUCGCCAGUGCCAAGCACAUGCCUGGCAAAUAGUAGAUGCCCAGUAUUUGUCAAAUGAACACGGGGGCUCCCAAGUCCACGGGGGAGGCAUCAGAGGCCGGUGGGCUCCUCAGCAGUCUAGGUUAGGGUAGGGUUGAAUUCCUGCAGGGCACCCCCAGGUGCCAGGAGCUUUUCCAAAUGCACAGGUUGGGUCUGAGGGAGGCUGGGGUGAGAGUGGGAGAGCUGGUCAUGUUGUUUCUUGAUGGGUGAUUUCUCUGGCUGGUUGGAUGGGUGUAUCACUCUGUGAAAAGUCACUGACUUGUACACGUACCACCUAUGACCUGGGCACCUGUUUGUGUCUAGGUUAUCCUUCAGUGACACAUUUUAAAAAAAUAUAUCAAAUAUACCUGUCUGGACCCCAUGUGGAAGAAUGGGGGGGCGGGUCCAUUCACUGGAUGUAUAUUCAUUGAGAGCCUUCUAUAUGCCAGGCACUGAUUUAGGCAGGCAAGGCCUUAGCCCUCAGGGACCCACAUUUUGGUGGAGGAGGGGUGGGAGGAACAGAUUGACCAUAAACAUGUAACCAAACAUGAGAUAACUGCAGAGGACAUGAGGGCUAUGACUGUUAAUAAGCGGGGUUAUACGAUGUAACACCUGGUGAGUCCUGGUAGCACAAUGGGUAAGCGCUCAGCGGCUAACCAAAAGGUUGGUGGUUCAAACCCACACAGGAGCUCCACAGGAGAAAGCCUGGCGAUCUGCUCACAUAAAGAUUAAAACCAAAAAUGAGACCAAAUCCGUUGCUGUCAAGUCAAAGCUGACUGACAGCGACCCUACAGGACAGAGUAGAACAGCCCCAAAAGGUUUCCAAGCAGCGGCUGGUGGAUUUCAACUGCUGACCUUUCGGUUAACAGCCAAGCUUUUAACCACUGCAUCACCAGGGAUCCCUCCUAAAGAUUACAGCCUAGAAAACCCUAUGGGGAAGUUCUACUCUGUCACAGGAUCGCUAUGAGUUGGAAUCGAUGAUGACACCUAACAAGAAGAACAACAUGACGUAACGGGAGGGGGUAUUUUAGCCAAAAUGGUCAGGGAAGACCUCUCUGAGGGGGUGGUUAUUGGGCAAAGACUUAACUGAUGACGUUGGAAGAUAGGAGGGAAGAUAACAGCAAUGUGAGCGGCAAGUGCAAAGGCCCUGAGGCUGGAACAAGCCAUUUAAGGAGGACACUGUGGCUGGACCACUGGGACAGAGGAAGGUCUCCAACCCAGAGGGCACCCACUGCAAACAUGUCUGUGGACCCCUUGUCCAGCAAAGCUCUGAAGAUCAAGCGCGAGCUGAGCGAGAACACGCCGCACCUGUCGGACGAAGCGCUGAUGGAGCUGUCGGUGCGUGAGCUCAACCGGCACCUGCGCGGGCUCUCGGCCGAGGAGGUGACUCGGCUCAAGCAGCGGCGCCGCACGCUCAAAAACCGCGGCUACGCGGCCAGCUGCCGCGUGAAGCGCGUGUGCCAGAAGGAGGAGCUGCAGAAGCAGAAGUCGGAGCUGGAGCGCGAGGUGGACAAGCUGGCGCGCGAGAACGCCGCCAUGCGCCUGGAGCUGGACGCGCUGCGCGGCAAGUGCGAAGCGCUGCAGGGCUUCGCGCGCUCGGUGGCCGCCGCCCGCGGGCCCGCCGCCCUCGUGGCGCCGGCCAGUGUCAUCACCAUUGUCAAGUCCGCCCCCGGCCCCGCCCCCGGCCCCGCCUCCGGCCCCGCCCCCGCCGCCUGCUCCUAG